AGGGGGCCAUAACACAAAGCUCUCAUUCUGGCUCGCAUGGUUGUGUAUACCCCCGUGUCAUAGCCUGGUAUGAGUGAAAACCAGCCUGCUUUCAGCGGCUCCUCCGCCAACACGGACCAAAGUUAUCCCGGAAUAGGAUAGCACGCAUGUGCCGUCAACCCGGAUGUAGAUGUUUUUUGUACGCAUAUAUUCCCCAUUCCUCCAACUUAGGACACAAUUGCUGCAGAAAAGGUUUAUAUGUUUUAGCACCGGCUGGACAAAGCUAUGCGGUCCCGAACGCGUCCUAACCGGGUUAAGCAGCCGUGACAUGUGCGUGGACCUGCGUGGAUGUCACAUCCCGGUGGCAGCUCCGCAGCAAUCCGAGAGCUACUCUUUUGAUUUAUGAACACGUCCCGCAACUUCGCGAUGGACUUUCGCGGCAGGAGGCACGAGCGGGGCAGCAACUGGACGGACCCGGAGAUCGUGGAGCUGCUCCAGCUGUGGUCCGACAAGUCGGUCCAGAUCGAGCUGGAGAGCUCGUUGCGCAACCAGCGCGUGUUUGACCGCAUAGCACACGUUUUGCGCGAAAAGGGCAUCUACCGCACGGGGGACCAGUGCAGGGAGAAGAUCAAGAAGAUGAAGCUGGAGUACCGCCGCAUCAAGGACAACCACAAGAUGAGGUCCUGGAAGUUCUACGACGUGAUGGACAGGGUGCUGGCGAACCGGCCGGCCAUCACCUACUCCUCCCUCGGCGGAGCUGUCGUAGCUCAACAGGUGUUUCAGAGCCCCGGCGCACCUGACUCGUACCAGCAGGGAUCCACGCCGGGUGCCUUCGGCCCCGUGACUGCGGGUGGUUUUGUCUUUGGCCCUCCGCCGAAAUCCGAAGAUCUGCUGGACAUUAAAUGUGAAGAUGUUGAGGAGAGCAUGCUGAACCCCGGGGUUGCGCCCCCCGAGAUGUAUUAUGGAUCCGGAGACGACCAUGAAACGGAUGGGCAGUCUCUGCUGGAGCCGGAGGACACGCUGGACCGGGCAGAGAGCUCUACGCAUGCACUAAUCUCCCCUUCAGGUUUCAGCGACUUGAACAUCGCUGGCUCGGCAACAGCUGCCACCCAGGCCGCCCGCAGUCCCGCAGCACAGGACGUGCCAAGGAAGCUGGGUUCACAUCCCCUGACCUCUGGGAGAAUGAGGAAGCGCAGGCGCGGCGGCAAGGCAUCGUGCGUCGGCCAGGAGAGCCUGGACAAGGCCCUGGCCGGCUUCCUGAGCUGGCAGCAGUCGGCGGAGGAGCGUCUCCUCUCGCUGGAGGAGGCGCGGCUGGAGAGGGAGCUGCAGGCCGAGGAGCGCAGGGAGCAGCGGGAGGAGAAGAGGGCGGAGCAGGAGCGCCAGCACGAGCUGCGCCUGUUCAGCAUGCUCACGGGGGCGUUGUUCGCUGUCAGACAGGGCGCUCCGACCGCGACGCAGGCCGAGCCCUCCGUCUCACCUCAGGCUCAUCUGUCGCCCUCGCCGACGACCACAGCUGCCCCCUCCGCCUCGUCUCAGCCCCUUUCAGAAGCUCCCACGGCACAGGAGGCUAAGCAGCCCGCAACUGUCGAGGCCUGCGACGUCUCUCAGAACAGUUUGGCAACUCUCAGAGGAGCGGGAGCUCCCGGCCGUAGCGCGUACCUGUCCAACCGUGGUAACAGCAUACGACAGCAUCAAGGCAUCCUCCAGGAGGGCUAUGCCCAGUAUGGGAUGGACAGACACCACGACACAGACAACCCUGAUGGUGUAAUCAACAUGGGUACAAGUGAGAACAAACUAUGCUACGACCUUCUUCACACACGUUUGACCAAGCCUGACAUGCUGCAUGUUGAUCCAUCCUUGUUGCAGUAUUCGGACUGGAGGGGACACUCUUUCCUAAGAGAGGAAGUCGCCAAGUUCCUGACUCAGUACUGCUGUUCCCCGAAACCGCUGAAAGCUGACAACGUCGUGGUGAUGAAUGGUUGCGGCUCCCUCUUCUCGUGUAUUGCCGCAGUAAUUUGUGACCCUAAAGAUGCCAUCCUCAUCCCGACUCCCUUCUAUGGCGUUAUCACCGAAGACCUGCAUUUGUAUAGUGAUGUGAAACUCUUCCACGUGCCUCUGGAUUGUGAGGAUGAUGGCAAAGAUGGCCGACCCUUCCACCUCACUGUAGGGAAGCUAGAAGAAGGUCUGAAGAGGGCUAAGCAGGAGGGGCUGGUAAUUCGAGCUGUUAUCCUGAUGAACCCCCACAACCCCCUGGCUGAGAUCUACACCCUGAAGGACAUGAUUGCCUUCUUGGAGUUUGCCAAAAGAAAUGAGCUCCACGCCAUCGUGGACGAAGUGUACAUGCUGACAGUGUUUGACGAAUCUGUCACCUUUCACAGUGUCCUCAGUACAGACAGUUUGCCCGACCCGCAGAGGACACAUGUAAUGUGGGGGAUGAGCAAGGACUUUGCAAUGGCAGGGAUCAGAAUAGGCACCCUGUAUACUCAGAACAAAGACCUCAUAGAGGCUUUGGCUCAGCUGGGCUCAUUCCACGGUAUCCCCGGGACCACUCAGCACCAGGUAGCGCAGCUGCUUCAAGACAGAGAGUGGAUCGAUGAGGACUUUCUGCCGGAGAACCGACGCAGACUGAAAGCUUCUCACGGCUUCCUGACGGGAGAGCUGCUCAGUAUGGGCGUCCCCUACCUGGGCCAACCUGCUGCGCUGUUUGUCUGGGCCGACCUCAGAAAGUAUCUUAGAGAGUCAUCGUUUGAGGAGGAGCUGUCCCUGUGGAGGCGUUUCCUGAGACACAAGGUGGUGUUGAGCUGUGGCCAGGCGUUCUCCUGCUCCACACCUGGGUGGUUCCGCAUCGUCUUUGCAGACCAACAGCACCACCUUCAGCUAGGCCUCAAGCGCAUGAGGGAAGCUCUGAAAGAAACGGAAGAAACAGAGAGCAGCCCCGAUUCACGCCCCGCCACGGAGGCCGGCGAGGAAAGCAAAGAGCCACUGAAAGAGGACAGUGCAGAUUCGGACAAUGCCGCGAUUGUCAAUUCAACAUCAUCGCCCCAGAGCAAGUCACCGGACCGGUCGGAGGAGAGGGACAGCCCCGUUCCUGACACGGUCCCAGCGGCCGCCGAGGAGUUUGUGUUGCUGGACUGCCAGGCCUCUAAGCCCGCAGAGAGUUUGGACUCGUUGAUUGGUACUCUCAGGCAUCAGAUCCACUCCUCCGAUUGGCUGGAGAAAAACACACCAGAUCUGUCUGCUGGGGAGGAUCCAGAAAUUCUCGAUGUAUUCAAGGCCUUGCUGCAGAGAGCCAGAAAAUAAGCUUAGGAUAAACAGGCACGAAUGUAGCUGCCAAAUUUCGAGAGGCAAUACUUAAGCAUCCCUCUCGCUCCCUUUGUUUACGGUGAAAAGCUCAACACAAACACCUGACACAAGGUCAAGUCUGCUGUCUAUUUUGGAGGAGUCAAACAGCCGAGAGGGGGAUAAAGAGGAGAUGUGAAGAAAAAUAAAGCAUUAAAGGCCAGGAUGUGAGAUCAAGCCUCAUUUUUCAGCUGCUGAGAAAGAUUGCCUUGUUUUUAUUGUCCUCAUGUGAAAUGUAAGUCCCCAGAAAUCAGACACAGUCUUUUUUCCAAUGCCUCUUAUAUUAUAACAUCUCUGUUAUUUGGUUAUAUGCAGUUUAUUUUACCAGAAUGUAUUCUUUCCGUAAAGCUAAUGAUCUGUGAACGAAUUGUAUCUUUGUCUGACUAUUGUUAUUCUUUCAUAGCAAAUUUCAGCCCGUGAUCAAUAAAUAGAUUUUUAUAGAAGUCA